GUUUUUAGGUAUAGAGUUUGGUAAAAAAAAAAUAAGAAGGAAGAACACAGACAAGAAAAGUGGUUAAAACAACAUAUCAGAUACUUUCUUAUAAUAAAGAUCUAGAGAAUAUGGCUUCAUCAGAUAUGAAAAUUUGCAGCCUCUGUUAUGAGGAUGAUGAAGACGGAUCAUUUACAGAUGCAGUAGAAUGGUGCAUAGAAUUUGAGGUGUUCCUUUGUAUGGAUUGUGAAAAACAUCACAAGAAGUCCAGAACAUCUAAAGACCAUAAAACCAUGUCUACUGAAGACUACCAUGAAUUACCGAAAUUCAUGCAAGAAAUAAGUAACCAGUGCAGAGAUCACAAGAAGAAGUUUGACCUUUACUGUUCCUUCCAUGCCUGUCCCUGCUGUGUCACAUGCAUUACUGAUAAACACCAGCAAUGUCAAGAAAUGAAAUCUCUGUCAGAUGUUCUAGAGCAAGUUAAAUCAUCAGCCUCUGUUCAACUUCUCGAAACAGAUUUGAAGGAAGUGAAGGAAAGCUUUGAAGAGAUUAAAAAAUAUUUGAACUCUAGGUUGGAAACCAGCGAUAGUCAGAAACAGAAAGCUGUUGAAAACAUUAAAUCUAUGAGGAAGUCUUUAAAUGAUUAUUUAGACAAAAUAGAAAAAGAAAUACUUGAUGACCUUGAAUCUCAACAAUCAAAGCUGCAAUCAAAGUUGAACUCUCUUCUACAACAACUGACUCAACGAGGCCAUGAGAUUAUUCAAUUGCAGAGCGAGUUUUCUAAAAUGACACAAUAUGCAACUGACUUACAAACGUAUGUUGGUCUGGGAGAAAUUGAGAAAACAACAUCACAAGCAGCAGAAUACAUAGAAGAUUUGAAAAGUGGAGGUCAAUUUGAUGAAAUUAACCUAGAUGUGACCAUCUCAUCUGAAAUUCAAUCUAUCAUAAAAGAUGUCCAAUCCUUUGGAGAUAUUAAUGUCAAUACCAGUCCAUGCCCUCUUCAAGUUAAGACAGGAAGGAAAAAUCAAGCACAGUAUUUAGCUCCACUGGGUUUCCAUAAUUGAAAAAAUCAAGCCAUUCAUGUUAAAACAACUGACACUGCCAGAAAAAAUAAAUAAUUUGAGGGUGAGGUAUCUUGAUAUAGUUGCCUGUAGAAUAUUACCCGAUGGUAGAUAUUUAAUUCUUGAUAGCAAUACGCUAGGUAGCCGUCUGCUGUUAUUUAGUAAUGAUGGCAUGUUUUUGAGAGACAUAAAGCCAAUAAAGACACUGACUGGAUAUUCCUCAGAUUUUUGCUAUGUAAAAUCUAAUACAGUGGCUGUUACAUUGGGAGAUUUAAAGAAAAUGAAGAUGAUAGCAUUGGUGGAUAUAGAACUAGAAAAAAUUAUCAAACAAAUUCAACUUUCUCAUUUCUGUUAUGGAUUAGCGAGUGAUGGUCAAAUACUGGUCGUGGGCGGAAAUGAAGACAGUACUAUAGUUAAUCUGAAUGACAACUCGCAAACAAUCUUAGAAGGAGUUAGGGCAUAUUGUGUUGCAUUAUUUAAAGGAAACAUCUACGGUACCACAAUAGAAGAGGUUUUUUGCAUUGAUACUUCUGGUACACCUGUCUGGACAUUUAAGCAUGAGGAUAUUGGCAUUCCAGGAAAACUGACAUUAGACAAGAAUGGCUGUGUUUAUAUAGCUUGUAAGAAUAAAGACAGAAUUGUGGUUGUGUCACCAGAUGGACAAAAUUGUAAGACAAUAUUAUCAGAGGCUAAUGGAAUUAAAUCUCCUAAAGGAAUAGAUAUCGACAUAGAAACAGGAACUAUGAUUGUAUCAAAUCAAUCAACUAGCAUUGAUCAUGAUCAUGUUAAUAGUGAUUGUAAAUAUAAUCAAAAAGCUUUUGUUUAUAAAUUG